AUGGGUUUCUCCGAACUCCCAACUGAAAUUCUUAUUGCAAUAGCGAACAAGUUAACACCCAAAGAAUGGCGUUUGAGUGGAACUAUUUUCCGAAAAUGGAAUGAAUUGAUGCGAGAGACACAGUGGAAGCGAAUCCAAAUAACUCCUUUAAAUAAGCACAAAUUUUUUAGUCCAGUCGGCGGACAAGAUGACAUAUACAAAACCUGUGGGGACUAUGUACUCGAUCUGACACUCUCUUCCUCACUCUCAAUUGAUGAUAAGAGCCUGCGAUUACUUCAGAGACAUUUCCAAGGUCUCGAUUUCCUCAAGAUAUUUGAUGCCAGUCUGACCGGAUCUCUCGUCAAUUCAACAACAGACUGGAGUUGCUGGUCAUCCUUGACACGACUCAAGGUAUUCACAAAAGGUGAAGACUCAAUUGACAUCCCAGAGAUUUUUAUCAAAGUCCUAUCGAAACUACCGAACCUUCAACACCUGGACUAUACCAAGGAUUACACAAGUGAAAGACCACUAUACACACUUAGAGAUCUAGAAGAACUUCACAGUUGCCUCCCUCAGCUUCAGGAGUUAUUUCUUACCGUUGAUCUCGACAUCCUUAAUCAGCGCGACUUGGAAUACAUGCUCAAAGCAGCCCCAAUGGACCAUCUUACAGUAGUCAAGUUUCGUAUAAAUACCACAGACCUCAGAUGGCUGUAUUAUUUCGCUCGAAAGUAUCCAAAAGUCUAUCUGAUGGAGUGGAGAAACACUUCAAUUGCUGAAACAUCUAACGACAUCCAAGAUCAAACACUUUCAAUGCUCAAGGCUUUACCUCACGCCUUUUCAAAUCUCAAUACAAUUGUGACAUCCAGUACAACAAAGUCAGAAUGGACAAGCUUUCUUUUUAAAAACUGUCUUGACCAGUUUUACGUUCCCUUGCAGAAUAUCCGUUACUUUAUGUUUGACGACAAUCUUGAUCCCACGCAGUCUGAAAAAUCUUUUGAUGAUUGUCUCAGAUAUUUUCCAAAAUCGCUGGAAAGACUGUCGAUUUCUAGCAACGACUCCAUCACCCGUCAGUGUAUGAUUCCUAACAUUCUCGGAAAUAUUCCUAACCUAGUGGUUCUGGCAAUCGACAUGACAAAUUCGUCUAUUGAACUAGAUAUCUUAUUAAAUCACUGCAGAUUUCUCAGGGUACUACGACUAAAAGUGCAUGGUAUUUACUUGAGUAAUGAUGCAUUUGAAAGUAUGGGCCGACAUGACUUGGCUUUAGUAGAAGUAGGUGAUGCAUUCAUAGAAAAAGACCUAUUUCUCUAUAUUUCGCAACGCUGCAAAAGGCUCAAGUACAUGCGCCUGGUCGAGACAAAGGUGUAUGGUCCUAUUUCAAGCAGAAGAGAAGCAUUCUGUCUAGACAUGAGCCACACCGAAUUCAGCCACCUGCAGUUCAAUGGUGUUUCAUUUUACGAAUCAAAGAACGAUGUAGUUUUGACCCAAAUACCUCUUCGAAUGGUGACUCUUGUUCAGACAAAAGAGUUUCUGCAAGCCAAGGGUACUAAAGGUCCAGGUGUUUCUAUGGUGGUUGGAAACACCGGUCGGUCUAUAUCAUCAAUCUCCCCGUGGUUUCUUACAUACUCUAAUCGGAUAAAUGGAGGAGAAGGGAAACAGGGACCUAUUUCACAGGUGUCUAUGGAAUACAUUUUUGAAUACUACAGGUGUCUUCCGACCCGAGAUGUAGAGUUUCGAUUGCAAGACGUGUCUGUAAGCCCUUCAUAUAUAGGCGAACUACGUCAAAAAGUAGGUUACGGUCCUACAGAUAUAAGAAGUUAUGUGAAAUUUAUGUGUGCACAUGUUAGCAAAUAUGUUAUCAAGACGGCCUCAUUUGCUGAUAAUGACUUUUGGGCUAAAUUGUGUGAAGGUUUAGCCUGA